AUGGCCACCACCAUGAAGAAGGCGGCUGCAGAAGAUGUCAAUGUUACUUUUGAAGACCAACAAAAGAUUAACAAAUUUGCAUGGAAUACUAGUAGAAUCACAGAACUGAAGGAAGAAAUAGACGUUAAAAAGAAACAGCUCCAAAAUUUAGAGGAUGCUUGUGAUGAUGUAAUGAUGAUGGAUGAAGAUUCUUUAAUGAUUCCCUACCAAAUUGGUGAUGUUUUUAUUAGCCACUCUCAAGACAAAACUCAAGAAAUGUUGGAAGAAGCUAAGAAAAAUUUCCAAGAUGAAAUUGAAGCAUUAGAAUCCAGAGUUGAAUCAAUCCAACGCGUGUUAGUUAGCUGA